AUGUACAGAUUAAUGAACGAAGUAACUAACGAUAGCAAUAACAGCCGAUCAUCGUCUGAUUCACACUCUAUUCAUGGUGACGACUAUUCCAUGGAUAAACGACGAUCCUACCGAGUUCGCUCGUCGAAUAAAUUAGCUCUGGACGAGACGAUGAAUAGUAAACUAGUGGAACAAAAUCUGUCAUCUACAGGUACAAAACAUCAAUCAACAGCAGAAAAACGCCCCUUCCCAUUUGGACAAUGCCGAGUAUGUAUGGAUAAAGCAACAGGUGCUCAUUAUGGCGUGCCAACUUGUGAAGGGUGUAAGGGAUUCUUCAAACGCAGCAUCUUGCGGAAAGAAAAAUAUCGAUGUUACUUUGGUGAUGGAUGUGUUAUUAAUACUGAUAAUCGUAAUCGUUGUAAAUCGUGCCGAUUCCGAAAAUGCCUUAGCGAAGGCAUGUCCGUUGAAGGCGUUCGAAUGGGCCGAAUCCCGAAACUAGUCAAAGAGAAAGCCUUAGCUGAAUAUCAGUUAUCCAUAUCGAGUAUUGAAAACGAAGAUCCGAGCUCAUCGAUUGCCUCGUCAUCACCGUACAUACGAUCAUUAGAUUCCAAUUCUGAUCCAUUCACGUCUGCCGAUGUCGAAUUGGAAUUAAUCGACGAGCAAGCGAUGCUCGAGGAAUUCGACGAAUUAAUAUUAGAGAAAUCAUCCAUAGCUUCAGGACUAUCGACUCAAUCUGCGUCAUACGACCAUUUCACCUUAGAUGAAGCCAAUUACUAUGACUCGAAUCAUAUAAGUUAUGAUGAUGCGCAAUAUGCUAACGAUGCUCUUCAACGUAUUCAAGACCUUGUCGAGAAACUUUCUCAGCCAAUAACAUCCAUCGAUCUUGGCCGUGAAAAUUCGGCAUUUAUUCGAUAUCUACGACGAAAGAUGAUUGAACUAAGCAAUACUCACAAUAGCUGUACACGACAACUAAUCAGCCGAAUGAAUACUCUAAUCAAUAGCAACGCAAACAUUUUUCCGGGUGAUCAGUCAUCCCUUCAGGAUGUCUUAACGGGAUUGACAGAUGCCAUUCCAUUUCAUGUCAAAAAUCUCAUCACAUUUGCUCGACAGAUGCCUGCAAUUAAUGAAAUUGAUCAAGACGAUUUCCAUAAAAUAAUGAACAACCGUCUAUUUGACUUCUGGAUGAUAAAACAUGCCCCGUUAUACUGUCGAAACGAAUCAUAUAUUAUGCUACCUAAUGGCUUGCAAUAUACACGUCAAUGGAUGAUCAAGAUAAUUGGAGAAGAUAUGGUUGAAGCAAUGUUCACAUUCGCUAAUAAAUUCAAUGCUCUCAAUUUAACACAGGAAGAAUAUGCACUAGUAUUCCCAGUUAUUAUCUGUGCAAAAGACAAAACUCUUGAUGAUCAGGAGGCAGUACGUCACAUUCAGUGCUGCUAUUUAUAUGCUCUAUAUACGCAAAUGUUAACAACACGAACACAGAGUGAAGCGCGAGCCGUAUUUCGUAGUUUGUUACAGCUUUUAACUCUUCUACCAUCACUAAAUGAAUUACAAGAGAAACCAAUCGAAUCAUGUGUGCAAAACACAGCGAAUUCGGAAUUCUGA